CUUUACUUGAUUCUCUUAUUAUUCUCCUCUUCAAUUCUUGAAUUUUAUUUGCUUUAAUUUCAUUUAAGUUCUCUACGAUGUCCUCUUUCGUAUUGUAGGCAAUUUUUCUCCUCGUUUGAUUGGCCUCUUGUUGAUUUUUCUUUCGAGGAUUGCUCUUUGAUUUGUUUCGUUUCUGCUUCGUGUGGCUACUAUUUAUUGGCAGAUUCAAUGAGUAAGAGAGCUUGUCAUCAAGAGAGCACUUUUCCUGUUACUGUUCAAACCCCGAAAUAUAUCUAUACCUGAAACGGUGGAAAGGAUCUUCUUUUAAUUCUCCAUAUUCAUUAGUGAAGGACAAAAGACACUCUUUAAUGAGUUCUGAUUCUGAAAUAUUGCUCAAUGAUGGGCUUAGUGGAGACUCAUUGGUUGACUAUGGGUUGUCUGAAGAGCAGAAAGAGCGAAUAAGGUUUUCUCAAGUAGGCGGUAAAAAGAACUUCGUUCAUAUGGAGAGGAUAAAUGGGAGAAUAACAAAUGUGAUUAGAGGGCUUGAGCUUCACACAAGAGUUUUUAAUGUUGAAGAGCAGAAGAAAAUUGUCAGAUGUGUCCACAAUCUACAACGUAUGGGCCAAAAAGGACAACUUAGAGAGCGAACAUAUUCAGAACCAAGGAAGUGGAUGCGUGGUAAAGGACGUGUGACCAUACAAUUUGGUUGUUGUUACAAUUAUGCAGUGGACAAAAAGGGGAACCCUCCUGGCAUUAUCCGAGAUGAGGAAGUUGAUCCUCUUCCCCCAUUGUUCAAGCAAAUGAUCAAGAGGAUGGUCAGAUGGCACAUUCUGCCACCAUCAUGUAUCCCAAACAGUUGCAUUGUGAAUAUAUAUGAUGAAGGAGAUGGCAUUCCCCCUCAUAUUGAUCACCAUGACUUUGUCAGGCCUUUUUGCACUGUGUCGUUCUUGAGUGAGUGCAAUACACUUUUUGGUUCAAAUUUGGAAAUUCUUGGUCCGGGAGAGUUCUUUGGGCCGGUCUCCAUACGUUUGCCAGUUGGAUCAGUGUUUAUUAUAAAUGGUAAUGGAGCUGAUGUUGCUAAGCAUUGUGUUCCAGCAGUCCGAUCAAAAAGAACAUCCAUCACUUUCAGAAAAAUGGAUGAUAGCAAAUUACCAUUCAAGUUUUCGCCUGAUCCUGAGCUAUUGAGAAUUGAGCCUAUAUAUUACUUCCCUUUAGACAGGUCCCGAGUUCACCAACAUUAUACUCAUCGUACCUAUUCUCAUGCCUCCAAAGCGUCAUACUCACAUAAUCGACGUCGAUAUGAUCAGUACCAGUAUGAAGAAUCGAAUAUGUAUCGAACUGAGACUUCUAGAAGAAUGGAGGAGUCGUUCAUAGAUCAAAAUGUUUAUUUCCCACCGGAUGACUCAAAAUUUAGGAACCAAUUAAGGGAUACUAGGAAAAGAUCGCGGAGAUAAAUUUUCGGCUAUUUAUUAUUCACUACUUUUAUGUAUUUCUAAUUACAAUUUUUUUUUCCUUGUAUGUCGAUUGAAAAGUCCAGGUUAUUGUUUCUAGGUUGGUGUUGUGUAACUUAUGUUUAUACUCUACAUCUUGGGUAGAAUUUUUUAUUUAAUAGAUCAUUGUACUAAAUAAGAUUUCGUUUGUUUUAUGAACUUGAGAAGAUAAAAUGAAUGGAAUUGAUUGAACUUGAAGUA